AUGUCCAGCGACCCUCCACCGCCCUACCCGGGAGGCCCCUCAGCGCGCCCCCCCCCCGCGGCAGAUGGCGUGCCUCCAGUGGUGGGACAACCCCAGGGGGUUCCCAUUCCUCCUCCUGAAUUUGGGCCCCCGCCAUAUGAGCCACCCUCGCAGCCAGGGUUCAUACCCCCCCAUAUGCCCACAGACACCUCUGGACCCUAUGUGCCUCCAGGUUACUACCCCCCACCAGGCCCUCACCCCUCCAUGGGCUACUACCCGGCCCCAGGCCACUACCCCUCUCCUGGCGGCCACACAGCCACAGUGCUGGUCCCCUCGGACACCACCGUAACAGUGCUGCAGGGCGAGAUCUUCCAGGGUGCCCCAGUGCAGACGGUGUGUCCCCACUGCCAGCAAGCAAUCACCACCAAGAUCACCUACGAGAUCGGGCUCAUGAGCUUCCUUCUCGGCUUCUUAUGCUGCUUUGUGGGGUGUGAUCUUUGCUGCUGCCUGAUCCCCUGCCUGUUUGAUGACUUCAAGGAUGUGACACACACGUGUCCCAACUGCAAGGCCUACAUCUACACGUACAAGCGCAUGUGCUAACAGCACCCUGGGAGCCUGAGCCACUGGAAUGACGCCGGCCUCUCU